GCGGCAACCAAUUGAGUGCAGGCUUUAUGGUCGUCAUGGCCAUGGUUUGUACUGCAAACAGUAAAGAAAAGUUAAUUUUGGAUUUGAUGUGCAGUGACUUCUGAUUUGAAUGGAUUUUCACGUCAAUUUGUGAUAUGAUAUCCUAAAUUUAUAACUCCAAUCUCUACGGCUUCUAAAGAAAAGGAUCGUGUGUGAUUUGGACACGUCUUAAACGACUCAUCUCAAAUCAUCUCCAAGAAUGUACACUGUUUACCUAUUCUGCUUACAGCUGUUUGAUUUGUUUAAAAUUCUUUAAAGAAUACACAUGGCUUCUCGUUGUAUAAAGGCUUUGAACGAUCUUGAUGAUAUUUCUGACAAAGUAUUUUACAAAUACUCCAAGAAUCGUUUUAGAUCAGAGAUUCAAGGAAGAAUAAAAGCUUCAAAGUCGAAAGUAGAUCGCUCAUUAGACCAAAACUCUCCUCCGAAAUCUGAAAAAAGGAGAGGUAGUACUGGUAGUUUCUCAUUAASCAGUAAAGAAAGUCCAGGUCCAAACACAUCAGCAAAAGCAAGAGGAACCAAGUCUGCUGCCAAUCCUAAAAUUUCGCACACACAAAUCAAGGAACAAAAAGAAAGGGCCAAAUCAACUAGUUAUUGUAGAAACAGGGCUCACAAAACAUUACUUAAGAAGAAUGAACAGAAGAAUGAAGAAAUGAAAGAGAAAUCAAGCCUUAAAGCUGUAGGGAAAACACCUUCUGUUUAUGGAAAACAUUACCAAGAUGAAGAAAGGACCUGCACUGAAAGUUGGUUUAACUUUGAUGAUGGUGUAAAAAUGGGUAGCAUAGAUUCGUUUGUCUGUGAUGACAGGAAUAGAAAGGCUUUAUGCUAUGGUCUGGAUAAGAAGGAGGCCAAGSCAGUACCUAAACUGUUACGUCACAGGCUGGAAGUACGGAUUGGUCARAAUGGUGAAGUAAGAGAUGACAAUGGUGGAAUCAAAAAGACAGAUUCAAAAGAUACUGGGGAUAACAACAUGUGCAAGAAAAUGCCCUUGUCUUGGGAGGAACAACUGAAUUGGGAAAAUGCUUGCAUCAAGUCUACUCGAUCUCCCUCACAACAGAAGACAGAAGAUCAGGGUCUAUGUGAGACACAUCCAGUAAUCUUCCAUCCCCAAGAAAGUCCAACCACUUUGUCAAGUAGUCCAUCUGACAUCGGUGAUACAACUGCAGCUUAUCGCAUGUUCUUAGAGAGAAGACUGCUGGUUAGUGAUCGUGGUAACCUCAUGUAUGGUGGCAAAUGUAUCACRUCAGUUGAAAUUGAGGAUGCAAGGGAUGAAAUCAAGGAAAAGAAAGAACUAAAAAUGAUAAACACUUCACUAAAAGCAUAUGUUGUGGAUGAUGACAGAAUGGAUAUGGGWGCUACUAUUAGAAAUAUCCAGAAUAUUUAUCCUCGGAGGUCUGCAGCCUCAAAAUCAAGCUUAAUGUUUAAUCCAGAGAAUGUUGUGGCCAACACCGAACCAUCUGAAUUCAAUCAGGUUGAGAAUAUAGAUGAAGUUAGUGAUCGUGAUAAUACACAGUCUAUAGAUUCUGAAAGAAUGGAUAAGAUAAACAAGAGAGUUAGCUUUAAAGAUCAAACAGAUCUAACUGAAAAGUAUGAUGGUUUAGGUGUUCAGGAUACRAAUGCAGAAGCAGUGCGAGAUGCAAACAUGCCAAUCUCCCCAUCAAAAGUGAGACCAAAGUCUUCGAAAGAAAGAUCUAGAGUUUUGACAGAUGUUAACGAAAAGCCAAAGAGACCGUACACCGCUCCUCCUUGUAGUCCAAGAUUGACUCAAGAUGAAGAUUUCGAAAAAGAAAUUGCAAGACCUUUUAACCUAGCUCCUGUUUGUGUGCYUACCUCACAAGUGAACUUGAGUGAUCAAGAUGAAAAUAACGAAAUCCCCUUACCAGACAAUGGAGAGAAUUUGACAACAGAUAACGAUAAUGAACUGAAAGAUAUAAGUAUCAAAGAYACUAAUGAAAGCAAACCAGCCAUGCGAGUUUCAGUUGCUUGUAAAUCAGCACCUAUGCRUGGUCGAACUCAAACACCUGAAGAACCUAUAUCGCGAUCUCUUUCCUCCAUGUCUACUCGAACAAACAAAAAUAAGUAUGUUCCAACACAACCUGUAGCAGUCUUAGCCGAUUCUUCUUUGGAAUUGCCUCCAAAUUUACCUCCUGCAAAAGCUCUUGUUGAGUUGAGGAAGAAAAUACGUGAAGAUUUGGCAAAGGAAACUGCGGAUCUGCAACUGGAUAUCCAACAGYUAUACCUCAAGCAUCAUGCCAGCUCUUAAAAUAUUUUUUUU